UGAGCGGAAACUCGACUGACGACAGGAGUUUUCAGAAAAGUUGCUAAAUUGUUUGACUUCUGUUGGAAGCCUGGAAUGAAAAGCAGGCGUCACCGUGCAUGUUUCCAGUUGUAAUGUUGCCACCUCUUGAUUUCAGGUUUUUAGCUUGAAAUGAAUGAAAAUGCGGAAGGGCACAGCAGGUGUGCGGACCAAGAGAGAUCUCUCCCUGCUUCCACCUCCCCUCUGUCAUCUUCCAGCUGCAGCUCCACCCAAACGUGGCUGCCAUCUGACUGGCCUCUGGAGCCUUCCUGGACCAAUGAUCGUCAACAGGAGCAGGACCAGGGUUCUCGGCACCAUUACGCCGAGACAGAGUCCAGUCCUGCGUCUCGUUUCUAUGAGGAACUCUUCUGUAGCAGCCAGAGCUCCAACACCCUGGCUGGCACACUCAUGACCUCCUCCCCGCCACAGAGCGAUGUGGUGAAACGAAGUUCCCUGGGGAAACUGGACCGGAACCACACAAAAUAUUUUGUCCUGAGAGCAGGAAGUCACACCGGGCCGAGCCGACUCGAGUGGUACAAAAGCCAGAAGAAGUUCACUGCAAUGGAGAAGUCUGCUGGUAAAGCUGCGCUGUAUGGCUCAAGCAAGCAAGGGGUGAUUUAUCUGAGGUGCUGUCUUGGUGUGAGCCGGAGUAGCAGUUCCAGGAAGGGCCACACGGUGGUGCUGUAUGCCAAGGAUCAAACCAUGGUGCUGGUGGUGGAGGACCAGUGGGAACAAGCAGAGUGGUAUCUGGCCAUCAAGAAACUGAUGGAGGAAGAGCAGAAGGAUGAAGAGCAUGGAGAAGGGUUUGAUGAAGAGGAUGAUGGGUAUUGUACUCUGCCCCCUGUUGCAUCCUUUAAAGAGGUGUGGCCCGUCACGGUGAAACCCAGAGGUCUGGGUUAUUCAAAGUCCCUGUUGGGGGAGAGCCGGCUGUGCCUCACAGCUACGUCCCUCGUCUUGGUCAGAGUGGCGGCAUGCAGUGACUUGCCGUCGGUAACGAUACCUUUGCUGGGUGUUCGGCGCUUUGGCCACUUGGAUGGUUCAUUCUUCUUGGAGCUUGGCAGGUCGGCACAACAUGGUCCUGGAGAGAUCUGGAUGGAAGCUAGGGACCAAGGAAACCCAGCAAUAGCCCAGCACAUUCAUGAGGUGGUUCGCGAGACGGUAAGGGCACUACGAGCUCUUCCCGACUUCAGCCGGUCACCAACCUCCAAUCCCAAUCAGCUUCAAAACCUUCAGGCCUCAAAACGCUGCCGAAUCAAACACAGAGACAAACGGGUGAAUGUUAGACCACUUGGUUCACGCCUGGCUUUGCCUCCCGGGAACCCUGAAAUCCAGAAAAGUCCAACUAAAUGUUGCCUCGAGCCCCGCAAACAACACAAAACCGAGCCUGAAUCCGACCUGAGCCCCUUCAGACUUCAUCAGAGCUCCAUGUCUGAGACUGGCAGCUACAUGGAAAUGAAAACGGACCAUCAUCUCCCCAUAAACGAAGGGAGAGAUAACGACUGCAGAAGAACUGCCGUGGUGACAGGGGACCAGUGCGGCGUUGCAGCCAGCGGGAUGGAGUGCUGGGAGCCAGGUGAGGAGCAGGGGCCGGGCUACAUGAUGAUGUCUCCACAGAGAAGCCGCGGACGGUCUGUGCUGCCUCAGGAUGACUAUGUGACCAUGGCAAGCCCACAUAAACACAGCUGGCUAGCUUCCUCCUCCCCCUCCUCUUCCCCUCAGACGUCAUUCAACAGCUCCACCUCUGAAAGCUGCUCUCCUCUGCACCCAUCACAUCAUCAGACCAAUGAGCACAGCAGGCCGCGCUGGCUGGUGACCUCAGUCAAACAGUCAGAAGCAGAAGCUGGCCAAUCACAGAUGAGCAUCAGCUUCUCCACCCAACCACAGGAUGAUGCAAGGCAGGCGCGGACGUCAGCCAAGCAGAGACGGCUCCUGGCACCAACCUGGGCCACCUCGUCUCCUGUGAGGAGUGUUGAUGGGUCCAGCGUGUUGACUCCGUUUGCUGCAAGUGGAUCAGGCUGUACCAGGUCAAUCCAGGCUAAUCCAAACUCUGGUACUGGCCGGUCCAGCCAACUCCAAGCGGCAUCACGCCAAAUUGUUAGAUACCGGCUUUCUUUGUGCCUGCCUUGUUGCCUGCAAGCUGAGGACAGACAUUGAGUCUUUGUAAAAA